AUGACGGUGUUUGCGAAGCCUAGUCUAUUUGAAAAUAAAACCGAAAUCACAAAAAUACCAUUAGUGGCAGAAUCUUCAUGCCCUGAGACCCAGAUCGCCAUCCCGCCGUCCGGGGCGGCACAGCCCGAGGGGCGUCGGCGGUCGCCGAUCCAUCGCUUUGUGAACAUGGUGUUCCACUUCAUCAACAUAUCGCUGGUGCUCUUCUUCUUGAUGUCCCUGAUCGUGGUUGUGUUCCGCUUGUGGCCGAGGGCGGCGAGCUUCCCCCGCUACCAAGGCUACUGCGCCGUCCCGAUCAAGGUGGAGGAAGCCACGCUGGUGGACCAGGACAUCCGCAUGAUCCCGCUGCAAUGGUCCCCCAAGCCGGAGCUGAAGCUGGUGAGCGACUUGGAGGACGGCGCCGCCGAAGAGCUGCUAAACGUACUCCGCGAGGAGAUAGACAUCGACGGGAUGAUUGAGAAGAUCUCCGUGCUGAACAACGGCCGCCAGGUCAACUUCAUCCACGACUUCACCGUUAACCUCACCAACAUCGUGGACGGGGAGCGGUGCUUCACGAUGGAGCUGGACCCGGAGACGGUGCUGCUGCCCAGGGCGUUCGUGCUGAGCAUCGAGCGCGGCGGCGAGUUCGACGUGACGCGCGUGCGCAGCGCGCUGCGGGCCGUGCUGCCGGCGCUGCGCGACCCGCCCGCCCAGCUGGCGCCGUGCCGCGCGCGCCCCACCUACCGCCUGCGCCGCCUCGACGCCGGCAAGAUGCGCGUCCGCAAGAGGUCGACCGACGCGCCCCCCCACGACUUCGUGCACUUCGCGGGCAAGCACGUGCACGAGAUCGAGAUCGACAACCUCGACGAGUUGCUGCGCCACGAGCGCAACGCUACCGAG